CAUUAAUUCAACAAAACUUGAGUGCAUGAUUAAUUCCAUUUACCCCUUACAACAACGCAAAAUUAAACAAACCCAUGCCCUCAUUAAAUCUUCAAUGAAACUUACCUCGACAUAUUUAUCACAAUCCUGCAAAUUUUACAAGAAAAAAUGGCACCAAAUACAGGAAAUGCAGCAAAGAAACAAGCCCUUUUCAUAUCAUCCUUGAUCGUGUUAUGGUACUCAUCGAAUAUCGGCGUUCUUCUCCUGAACAAAUUUUUGUUGUCGAAUUAUGGAUUUCGAUUUCCGAUAUUCUUGACAAUGUGUCACAUGACAGCUUGUGCUGUCCUGAGUUAUUUGUCCAUCGUGUUCUUGAAAAUCGUGCCGUUUCAGAGGAUCAAAUCUAAGUCUCAGUUUUUAAGGAUCGCUACGCUGAGCGUUGUUUUCUGUGCCUCUGUUGUUGGGGGGAAUAUAUCACUUAGGUAUCUGCCUGUGUCGUUUAAUCAGGCUGUCGGCGCCACCACGCCUUUUUUUACAGCCAUGUUUGCUUAUUUUAUGACCUUCAAGAGGGAAGCUUGGGUUACUUAUGUUGCUCUUAUACCAGUUGUUGCUGGUGUUGUCAUUGCAAGCGGGGGGGAGCCAAGCUUUCACUUGUAUGGAUUCAUCAUGUGCAUCAGUGCAACUGCUGCCAGGGCCUUUAAGUCUGUUCUUCAGGGAAUUUUGCUUUCUUCAGAAGGGGAGAAGCUGAACUCAAUGAAUUUGAUGCUUUAUAUGGCCCCAAUUGCUGUUGUAGUUUUGUUGCCUGCAGCACUUUUCAUGGAACCAGAUGUGGUAGAAGUCACAGUAACACUUGGAUUAAAACAUACAUUUAUGUGGCUGCUUCUUUUUCUCAAUUCAGUAAUGGCUUAUUCAGCCAACUUAACCAACUUCUUGGUGACCAAGCAUACGAGUGCUCUAACACUCCAGGUACUGGGCAAUGCAAAAGGCGCAGUAGCUGUUGUUAUCUCUAUACUGUUGUUCCGAAAUCCUGUCACCUUUCAGGGAAUAGCUGGUUAUUCAAUGACUGUUAUGGGAGUGGUUGCUUAUGGAGAAGCUAAAAGAAGAUACAAAUAAUCCUCAGUCCAUGCACCGGCAUUCUUCUGUACAAACAUAUUUUCCUUGCCCUAAUAUAGUAGGCUUUAGUGAGUUAGAUUCUGGUUCUGGUGCUUCCAGAUAUCUUUGGGACAAGACAAUUAGUUUCAUGUGAUGUCCUGUAUAUUAUACCAAAGUCUUGCAUCCAGUUGUAGGAGCUAAUCUUGUAAUAUUCAACUUCUCUUUCA